AUGAGAAGCCAAGUCAUCCUUGCCUCGCUUUCGCUCGCUGUCCACGCGGCAGUCCCGGGGACUGUACCUAUCUCCAACGAAGAGAAACGUGGCCUGCUGGAUCCGGAAUUCGAUUAUGUCGUGGUGGGCGGCGGCACUGCCGGGGCUGUCAUGGCUACACGCCUGGCCCAGAACUCGUUCAAGGUCGCCCUGGUCGAGGCUGGAGGCACCUAUGAACUGGAAUCCGUGGCUGAGGUGCCUGCUGCCGAUGUGAUUCCUGUCGGAUCUGAUCCCAAGACGAUCGCUCUUCACGAUUGGGGAUUUGUCGCAGAGAACCAGCCCGGUGCGAAUGGACGUUCCAUCCAUUACGCUCGUGGCAAAUGUCUAGGUGGAUCGUCUGCGAUGAAUUUCAUGAUUUACCAACGGCCAACCCGCGAAUCCAUGGAUCAGUGGGCCUCUGCAGUCAAUGAUAGCAGUUAUACCUUCGACGAGGUGCUACCGUACUACAAACGCAGCGUACAGUUCACUACGCCAAAUACCGAUCUUCGGUUCAAGAACGCCACGACAGAAUACAACAGCGAUGCCUUUGACUCUAGCGGAGGCCCCCUGCAGGUCUCGUACUCGAACUACGCCAUGCCCUUCUCGACGUGGAUGAAUCUGGGCAUGGAAGCCAUUGGAAUCAAUCAGACAGAGGACUUCAACUCGGGCUCCCUAAUGGGCGCCCAGUACUGUGCCUCGACGAUCAACCCGAAGAAUGAGCUGCGCAGCAGUUCCGAGGCGUCCUUCCUGGCCAACAAACCGUCCACGCUGACCGUCUACUCCAACACCCUCGCCAAGAAGAUCAUCUUCAACAGCGAUAAAAAGGCUACCGGCGUGCAGGUGAAGGGCGACAUCCUGGGGCUCGUCUCCACCACGCUCCAGGCAAAGAAGGAAGUCAUCGUAUCGGCGGGCGCGUUCCAAUCCCCGCAACUACUCAUGGUGUCGGGCGUUGGACCCCAGGACCUCCUGGCGCAACAUAACAUCCAGCUGGUUGCUGACCGGCCGGGUGUCGGCCAGAACAUGUGGGAUCAUCCCUUCUUUGCACCCUCGUAUCGCGUCAAUGUUCCCACCUUCACCAAGAUCGCCCUCAACCUGCUGGAUCUGGCGGCACAGUUCCUGAAGAUGGUCACGCAGCGAACGGGUCCGAUGACGAACCCCAUUGCCGACUUUCUCGCGUGGGAGAAGAUUCCCUCGAAUCUUCGAUCCAACUUCACCUCACAGACACAAGCCCAGCUUGCCACUUUUCCCGAUGACUGGCCUGAGGCAGAGUAUAUCUCCGGAGCCGGCUACAUCGGCGACCUGUCGAAUCUGCUCACCACCCAGCCAAACGACGGAUACCAGUACGCCUCGAUGCUCGGGGUUCUCAUCACCCCGACCUCGCGCGGCAACGUGACGCUCAAGUCCGCCGACACGGCCGAUCUGCCCAUCAUCAACCCGAACUGGCUGGAGACAACGACCGAUAAGGAAGUGGCAGUGGCCAUGUUCAAACGCAUGCGGCAGGCUUUUCAAAGCAAGGCGAUGGCCCCCGUGGUGAUUGGCGACGAGUACUUCCCCGGUGUGCAGACGAAGACGGAUGCGCAGAUCCUCACUUUCAUCAAGAAUAACCUUAUGACGCUUUGGCACGCUGCUUCCACGUGCAAGAUGGGAUCGGCGGAUGACUCCAUGGCGGUCGUGGACUCUGAGGCGCGCGUGUAUGGCGUCGAGGGAGUCCGUGUCGUGGAUGCCAGUGCUUUUCCUUUUCUUCCGCCGGGUCAUCCCCAGUCAACUGUUUAUAUGCUUGCUGAGAAGAUCUCCGAGGCCAUCAUCAAUGGGUCUUAA